UCUGAUUUGGUUUCUAAGUUGACACCGGAACUGCUUUUUCACUGUAAACAUGGACACGUGAGCACCAAAACACACAGUUACUGUGGUGUCUCUUCGAUGUAUUGCGUUGGCUAAAUGGCUAAAUGCCAUCGGAGUAAGCGAUGAUAUACGUUUGUUUCUUAUUGGGGCUAAACCGGCCCCGGUAAAAACAAGCGUGCCUGCCACCAAAGGUCUGUCAUCACAAUGCUUUUUUGCAUAAACGACAGAGCGGAGGACAGAUAAAUGGGUGGCGUUUCCUCUCAGGUCACCACACGCGGUCCACAGAUCAGCAUCGUGAUGGAGAGGAUCCUGCUGGGUGUCAUCUGUCUGUCAGGGUGCCGCAUCUUCUCCUCGGGCCUCCUCCGUCAGUACCACCACGUUCCUGAGCUCAUGACUUGGGCCGAAGCUCGGGCCUACUGCAGGGAGACGUACGCGGACCUGGCCGCCAUCGAGAGCGCCGACGAAAUGAACCAGCUCGUCAGCGCCUCGUCGCCCGCCGGUACCGACUACGUCUGGAUCGGCCUGCGCAGCACUAUCUCCUGGAGGUAUUCGGAUGAGUACAAUGACACCAUCCGUCCGGGCAACGACUUCUGCGUUCUGCGCAACAGCAGCGGUGAACUGUGGUGGGAUCAUCAGUGCUCGGCGGAGGCUCCAUUCGUUUGCAACAAUGGAACACUGCAGAGUCCUGAGUUUGUUCACGUGGCGGCAGCGAUGAACUGGUCCAGCGCCCAGAAGUACUGCAGGGAGAACCACACCGACCUGGCCAGUGGGAGGAAUGAGACCCAGCUGCGGGAGAUCACGAGCUUGGUGGCCGAGGAGCACUGGGCGUGGACCGGCCUGUUCGCCGACCCGAUCAUCGACUGGUCCGACGGCAGCGACUUCGGGUUCAGGCACUGGUACAGCCCGGAGUACGAGGUUUUGUCGACGGACGCCGCGUGCGCCGCCGCGUCCCUGCAGACGUCGGGACGGUGGUUGCUCUUCCCGUGCGAAACGACGCUCCCAGUCGCCUGCAGCAGCGACCCUCCACCUGACGUGUUUUUGCUGGCGGUGAAGCUGAGGAUAGAGCCGGGGCGCUCCUCCUUGGACCCCAACGACCCGGCGGUGAAAGCGGACAUCCUGAGACAGCUCCAGGACAGGCUGAAGGAGAGCGGACUGAGCGGAGUCACCUUAAAUUGGAGAGAGCAGCCUGAUGGGAAAGUCUUCACGUGACGAUCAGAACUCCGGAUUUAUUCCUGCUCCCUCUUACUUGGAAUCUGAGAGGAAUUCUUCACUAUUUUAACUUUUGCAUUCAUUCUUUUAAUGUGUGGCUGUUUUCUUCCCACAAAAUUGGCGAGGCACUUAGACGGGGCACAGCAGUUUAAAAUCAUUUGACGGAACCAGUUCAUUUGAUACUGAACAUCUGAACACUGGUAUCGACUCAAAUGACGUACGUUCAAGAAGAUGACAACUUUUGUAAAGAUGCACCGUUCAGUCUUUGGUUAAAGGGCCACUGCGCAGCUUUUGUGUGGAAACCCAAACUCUGAAUAUUGAUAUUUACAAAAUGAAUGAGGUAAUAAUGCAAAUUCAGAAACAUUUAUCUUUUCCAUAAGCGAAUAAAGAAGCUGUUCUCAGAGGGAAAUAAGGUCACCAGAACACUGCUUGAAGCAAGAAGGUGUGGUGGGGUCCGCCACAUAUAAACAACGUAAACCAAGUCUGAAAUAGUUUUAUUAAAAAAAUCACUCAAUGGAGAUUUUUCUAUUCUGAUUAAACAAUAGUGCACCUUUAAAUAUACUGUGCCAGCAACCAUUGUACCUCAGUCUUAGUGUUCACUGUAUCCGAAUUAAAUCUAAUAAAAUGUAAUAAAAUGUAA